CUGACCGUUAUCGCGCAGGCAAUAUUGUACCUGCUGGGUUCCAUAUUCUACAACCUCUUUCUGCACCCUCUUCGCAAAAUCCCAGGCCCUUUCUGGAUGCGAGCAACACGCGCUACCUACUGCUAUAAGCUGGUAUUCGGUACCUUGCCUUUUGAUAUGUUGGAUCUUCACAACCACUACGGCGACGUGGUAAGGAUCGCUCCUGAUGAGCUUGCUUUCUCCGGUCGAGAGGCAUGGAAAGAGAUCAUGGGCCAUCGUAUCAAAGAUAAUAAGCGACCAACUUUCGAAAAAUACGACCAGUUUUACAGACCGAACGGCGGCCCAACGGACAUUGCCAACUCUUCCGGAACCGAACAUCAAGUACUCAGGCGACUGCUGUCGCACGGAUUCAGCGAUCGCAGUCUGCGGGAUCAGGAGCCUAUCGUCAAGAAAUAUGUGGAUCUUCUAAUCCAGAGGUUGCACGAGAACAGCGACCGCCCCCUGGACAUCAUGUCCUGGUACAACUAUACCACGUUUGAUGUCAUCGGCGACCUGGCAUUUGGCGAGCCGUUUGGCUGCCUGGAUAACUCCGACUACCAUCCCUGGGUCCGGAUCAUCUUCGAGGUGGCUAGGUUUGGCACGGUGAACCAGACAGCUGGUUACUUCCCUCUACUACGCAGCCUUCUUACUCGUAUCCUCUCCUCGAAGGCUGUACGGUCUCGUGGAGAAUCUCACCGGGCUUUGACAAGAGAAAAGAUGCUUCGACGAGUGGAGCUUGGAAAGAAUGGCGGACGUCCAGAUCUCAUUGACAACUUGCUGAAGAAGUCAGAAGAAUUGGGUAUCACCGAAGCUCAGUUGCUCAAAAACUGCGGUGCUCUCAUCAUCGGCGGAUCAGAGACUACGGCAACCCUUCUUUCCGGAGUUACUUAUCUGCUGCUCAAGACCCCAGAGGCGCUCCACAAGUUGACAGGCGAAGUACGAUCUGCUUUUGAGACUGAGGACGAGAUCAACUUCACAUCGGUCAACAAGCUCACCUACAUGCUGGCUUGUUUGGAUGAAGCCUUUCGAGUGUACCCACCUAUACCUGGUGGCCUUCCCCGACAAAUCCCAAAGGGUGGGAGUGAGGUCUCUGGGAGAUUCAUCCCGGGAGAUACCGUCGUCGCGAUCCAUCAAUGGGCCAUGUACCACAGCGAAAAGCACUUCAGAGAUCCUUUCAACUAUCACCCUGAACGCUUCUUGGGCGAUUCAAAUUUCGAGUCAGACCAUAGGGAUGUGCUGCAACCAUUCCACGUGGGCCCAAGAAACUGCCUUGGGAGAAAGUGCGUUGCUUGA